AUGAGUCCUCUAUUACAAUUUGAAGUGAUGCAUUCUCGUGUUGUUGUUGUCGACGCUGAUGGUAAGAGUGUGGCUGGAGUCAAUCGUAAUAGUUUUGUGAGUUCAAAUAGUAGUGGUUCUAGCAGAAACGACGCGAAGAGCAAAAGUAGAAUGAUAAAGGUGCUUCAAUAUGAUAAUAAUAAUAAUAUGGAUGGGAAAACUGGG